AGUCCAAUGAUGGAGCAUGUCUAAACAGCCACAACAAACUGUAAUAAAUCACUGUUUAGAAUACUUGCAAAGAUCGGCACAACAUUAGAGCGUCUUCCUGGGCAUAAGAGCAUCAACCGGCCAAGCAGGAGGACGCGAUUUCAGUCUCACUGUAAACUGUGAAAAUCACCGGAACACGGCAGAUGCGCUGAAUUCUUCCUCAUCAGGUGUCGACAAGGUCGUGAUGUCGCUGCAGUCUAAUGAAGCAGGAUGCACAGAAAACUUAGCUUUGUUGGCAGGUGAUUCUGUAAGUGACCCGACGGUGGCGAGCUGACUGAUCUGUCAUUCCUUUAGCAAACGCCAUGAGUCGUAACGUAAUCGACAGUUGUCAGCACUUGGUUAAAUAGCUUGGUUAAAUAAAUGAUUUAAAUAAAUAAUUGUUACGUUGAUUAAUGUUAACAAUGUGGGUCUCGUUGUGUGUCAAAACACGACCGCAAUCCUUCAAGAGUUACAAAUAUUUGCCGAUGUUGCGCUUCAAAUGCUCUUGGGCGUUUUAUUGUGAAAGUCCGGCGACUGGCCCCGCCCCCGGUUUCCCUUUUUCUUAUUUCGUUUUCAAAGUGGAGAAAAGGAGAAUGAGUAAAUCAGUAUAUCGCAAAUGUGUUUUACCGAUUUACGGAAACGAAACACAGCAUAAAAAGUAGUUAUUCAAUUUUCAUUUUAGACAUAAAUAAUGAAUUGCACUUCAUGCACGGACCCACUUUACACUUUUUUCAAGAUUAUAAUUUUUUUUAAAUACGUCCUUUUUAUUAUACUCGUUAAUUCUUUGUUAUGCAUACAAUAUGUAAAUAAGGAUUGAGAUUUUUUGCGAAAAGUAUAGGUUAAAUAGGCCAAGCUUAUCUGGUCUAACCGCUAGGUGUCACUGUAACUUUCAAAGCAAAAUUACGUAAAGAAAUAAUAAUAAUUGUAGUUACAAAAUUUGUGUGUGUGUGUGUGUGUGUGUGUGUGUGUGUGUGUGUGUGUGUGUGUGUGUGUGUGUGUGUGUGUGUGUGUGUGUGUGUGUGUGUGUGUGACAGACAGAGAGAAUGAGCGACGGAGGCUGAGUGAGAGAAAGAGAGAGCGAGAGAGGGGAGAGGGAGCGGGAAGGGAUUGAAAGUUAGGAGGCAGGGAAGUAGGAAGAAAGAGAGCGAGGGGACGUAAGAAAGAUCAGAACAGCAAGACUGAGCAUGGCUGAGUUGCAAACUUUUGGUGACUCUAUGACUCCUAGACCGAAAAUGAGAGCUUAUGAAAAAUUUUAAAUUGGCACUUGACGAGAUAUCUUAUAUCCGAUUCAUAAUGAGCGCGUCAGCUGGGACUGGGGUGUUUGUACUCUCUUUGAUGUCCAUCCCCAUCUGCUAUUUGUUUAAUUCACUCAUUUACAAUAACAGUGCGGAAGCUUUCUUCUUCACUGGCUGUACAUUAGUCCUUAUCCUGACCAUUUCAGCACAUUUUAUACUCAAGAAGAAGGCUCCAGUAGAUCCACUUUUUUAUGUGUAUGCAGUUUACGCUUUCCUCAGUGUGGUGAAUUUGAUUGUUGGACUGGAGCAGGACAAUAUCAUUGAUGGAUUUGUGACAUUUUACCUCAAAGAGGCGGAUCCACAUAUUAAAACAGCACAUGGACACAUGGUCUCCUAUUGGGAUGGAUGUGUGCAUUAUCUGAUGUACCUGCUCAUGAUUGCUGCGAUCACAUGGGGUGACAGUUACAGAGCAAUUGGACUGUACUGGGUGGGAUCUUUUGUCAUGCGUGCCAUAGUCUACAAUCUUGGGAAUGCUGUUGGAAAAUAUGGGAUCCAGAUUGGUCCUUUCUUCAUCAUCCACGUGCUCUAUAUUUCAUUGUCAAUCUGGGCCUGUUUCCGGGUCUUCAGCCAGCCUUCUACUCAGCUGAAAAACUUCCCGAAAAGUGAAAGAAAAAGUUUACUUCACAGGCCCCUGGACAUGUUCUUCAUUAUCUACCUCAUUCCUGCAUUCGCUUUCUGUGUCUUUCGAGGUUUGGUUGUUCUGGACUGUUCUAGCAAAUAUUGUCAAGACUACAUACAAUUAUACGAGCCUUACUUAAAAGACCCUUCUGCCUAUCCUAAAGUACAGAUGCUGGUGAGUAUGCUGUACUCUGGGCCAUACUACAUCUUUACUCUCUAUGGGCUGCUAGUUCCAGGGUGUCAGUGGAUGCCAGAUCUGACUCUAGUACAUUCAGGAGCACUGGCACAGGUCCAGUUCUCUCACAUUGGAGCAUCGCUUCACACACGAACACCAUUUUCCUACAGAGUACCUGCUGACAGUCAGCCUGUCUUUUUGUUGGUCAAUGUCCUGUAUGCUCUGGUGCCCCAGGCUCUGUGCUAUCGCUGCUGCACCAACCCUGCCUUGUUCCUCAGGCCAGCCCCAGAGAAAAAAAGCUCAUGACACAAUUAGAAAUACACAAGUACCAGGGAUGCCAAAGAUGCUUUGAAGGCUGAUGUGUGUGUGUGUGUGUGUGUGUGUGUGUGUGUGUGUGUGUGUGUGUGUGUGUGUGUGUGUGUGUGUGUGUGUGUGUGUGUGUGUGUGUGUGUGUGUAUUUUUUCACAUAAUAAAUACAGUUCAAAUGAAAAUUCUAAUUACAUUAAAUAUUUUUCUCAGCAUGGAGAUGGAAAGUUUAUGACACAUGCACAAAUGAUUCUCCUUGCUGCCAUGGUUGCAGCGUGAUGACAUCACAGCAGAUGCCUGCAGAGGCUGGAUAAGACACACUAGGAGAUUUUUUCCACGCUGCAUCGCAAGAGAUGAUAUUUGCUGUGAUGUGGAUGAGAAUUUGUCACCCAGCAAACAGGGGGUGUAGGAAGACAACACCAUCUACCAACCAUCUACAGCACUGCAUGUACAGUUUUACAGAAUAUUGUCAUAUCCACAUUUUUUUAAAAACAUUUUUAUGCCUUUGUGUUACUGUUUGCAGUGUUUUUUUCUAUAUUGGUAUGAUAUGGGCUGUCAACAAAUUACAAUAUAAACAAUAAAAGUGUAAAUGUGAA